AUGGCUGUAAUUGAAAAAGAAGUCUGGUUUAUUUUGCACAUGAUUAUUGGAUUUUCUUCUGUGUGGCUAAAGACAAAGAUUGCAAUCAAAAUAAAAUAUGGCGAUAAAUAUUCUAGGGAAAUGAAAGAAAUACAAAGCCCGGGCGGCGGCCCCCGGUCCGCGCUGAUCUCCGUGGAUCCCCACAGCGGGUCCGUCCGCGCCCGGCAGCCCCUGGACUGCGAGGAGCUGCCGCUGGUGGAGGUGGAGAUCGAAGCCUGCGACGGGGGCGCCCCGCAGCUGUGCCAGCGGGCCCGCCUCAGGCUCCGGGUGGUGGAUCAGAACGAUAACGCCCCGGUCAUCACCUCCCCGCCGCUGGCCAAUGGCUCCGCCGAGCUGCCGCUGCCCGUCAGCGCCCCCGCCGGGUACCUGAUCGCCCGCUUCGCGGCCAGCGACGCGGACCAAGGCGCGAACUCCGAGCUCUCCUUCUCCCUCCUGGGCGGCGCCCACCCGCUGGUCGCCCUGAACCGGGACACCGGGGAGCUGGCCCUGCGGAGGAGGCUGCCCGAAGGGGCCUCGGAAGCGGCCUUCCCGCUUGUCGUCGCUGUCCACGACGGCGGGAGGCCGUCGCUGUCCUGCACAGCCGCCGUUCGGCUCUUUCUCACGGACACACUCCCCUCUAGCGUGGAGAUCGUGGUCGUACAGCCCUCGGCGGAGGAGCUGCAGCUGCAGCCCAGCCUGGACUUUUCCGUGGUCCUCAUUGCUGUGCUGGCCGGAGGCUGCGGCUUGCUGCUGAUCGCUAUCAUUGCCGUGGCCUCCACCUGCAGGAGGAGCAAGAGUCACUUCCAACCUGGGACCGAAAAGCAGGGGAGAGGCAAGGAAGCCAGGCUGCUGAAGGGCUCAGGCUCCCAGGCAGGGAGCUCCUACCCGGGCCAGGCAGACUCCUGCCAGCUCUCUGUUACAGCCGAGUCUGAUAACCCCAGUGACACUUCCCAGGCCGAGGACAGCAGCAGAGAGUCCUUGUGUCAUUCUGCCCAAGAGAGGAAAGCCAAGAGCAGAGACUCCCAGGGUCAAGUUCUUGUUCCUUUUCAUCCCCCGUCUCUUUGGCAGGAGCGAGAAUCUGCUUCGAGUUUAAGCUCCCAUUCAACUCCUGAUCAGUUUAGUGUGAAAGACAGUGGGAAAGGAGAUAGCGAGUUUAAUGAUAGUGAUUCUGAUAUCAGUGGGGAGGGGUUAAAGAAGCCACCUUCACAGUCAGCUGAAAAGAAAGUUGGUACUGCAGCCUGUACAGAUGGACGGACUUACAAGGAAACAGAAAGAUAUUGUAGAUUUUAUGUCCACCAGUCCCAAACAAGCAAAACCAUCCCAUUGCAUUAUGAAAAUGAUUAUACGAUUGCAUAUUCUACACCAAUUUAUCAGCCCAUCCUUCAGCUCGGGAAGCCCAAUUUUCUUCCACAACAGCCAAAGCUGAAAGAGUAUCAAGUUAAUAUUCCUAAAACUGAAAGACUACAAAGUGUAUAUGAAAGAGUUCUAAGUGGUGGGCCAGCAGUGCCACCAACCACUCUGUCAAGACAGUAUAAAGGACUAAAUCACCCUCCACAGAACACUUUACUCCCAAAUGCCUCUGAAGUAGCAACGUCAUUCUGACAUAGCAACGUAAAGACAUCCAAAACUGUCAUAGGAAUGGACUAAAUGUGUUCGUGUUUAUGUGUAAAUGUUACCAGCUAAGAUGUGUAAAUGAAAUCCCACCCAAAAAUCAAAUAUAACUUUAAAUUAUGGCAAAAGCAAUCAAUGUCUAGACAAAUCAUCCUUCUAAAUUUGUCCUUUAUAUUUACCAAAGAGUCAAAAUAAAAAAAAUCAUAUUAAAGGACCUAGUUACUUCUGCUAAAGAAGGAUGGGGGAAAGCAAAGAUUUAUGUUUUAUAUUGAAACAGUUAUGUAAAUAAAAAGUGUAGAUCUAGAUGUACAUUUAAAAGCUAAA